AUCCCCCAGAACCAAAUCGUCAUGGCGGACGCUCGCGUCGCGCGCCUGCCGUACUAACUCCCCAUUAUUAACGCGAUCUUGUGAAAUAAGUGCAGUGUCAAUAAUGUUAUAGUGUAGUGCCAUAAAUAGGUCGAUCGGUUUUCCCGUGUGCCAGUGUGAUACCGUUGUGUUGCAUGAGUGAUCCUAAUGGCGUGUUGGGAAGUGCGCGGGACGAUGGACGCCUGUCACCGGCCAGCACCGAACAGCUAACAAAAUGCGAGAAGGAACCAGAUUGCUUGGCGAUAGGCAGCAGACUGCGUGGCGCGAUGGGCACCAGACCGCCCGCGUCCUUCUGGCCGCAGCUGUGGGCCACCACGGUCAGGAACCUGCUGCUGAAGAAGCGCGACACCAGGAAGACCCUCGCAGAAGUUCUGGUUCCUCUGUACUCGCUCGGCGUGCUGAUAUUCCUCAAGAUGCUGGUGCCUAACCCCAACUUCCCUGAAGUCAGCAAGCCUGGUCGGCUGCUGCGCAUCCACCAUGACGCGAUCUCGGAGAACCAUUCCGUCGCCGUUGUAGCUGAUUGGGAAACUGCCAACGGGACUCUGGGUUUCCUAGAAGACAUCAACUUGAUGUUAACGGAGUCAGGGCAGCAUCCCAUCAACUGGAUCCGGUACAACACCACGGAGGAACUGAACGACGCCUACCACAGUGAUGCCAAGAGAUUCCCCCUCGCUGUCAUAUUCCAUACGGAUCCGGGGAUUUUUGGAGAAACGCUGAGGUACACCAUCCGCACGAAUCCCUCACGUGAUGGCGGCACUCCUUCCACCAGGACCCUAACAACGUCUCCCGCCAAGUGCCGAGAAAGGACAGGAUACAAAGACUGGUCCUCCGACUGGUCUCGAGGAGGACAGUUGAUACCACUCUCAGAAAUGCAUAGGGAAGACCAGUGCCCAGCCCUCCAGUACUAUUAUACUGGAUUUCUUGCUCUCCAAACUUUGAUCGAUUAUGUUAAAAUCAAGAUGGACACCGGCAACAGCUUUUUCCCGCCACGCGUAGAUCUUCGACAGUUCCCUAAACGGCAGCACACUGGCGACUGGCUGGUCAUCUUCAGGGUCAUCAUGCCAAUGUACAUGGUGAUGACCCUAUCACAGUUCAUCACAUACCUCUUGAUGUUUGUGGUGGGGGAGAAGGAGAAGAAGAUCAGGGAAGGGAUGAGGAUAAUGGGUCUUAAGGAUAGUGUGUAUUGGGGUUCCUGGUUUUUGAUCUACGCUGUAUUUGUUACCAUCCUGUCUCUUGUCAGUACUGUAUUACUCUUCACUUUAAAGGUUUUCCAACAUUCGUCGUACAUUUUGAUAUUUCUACUGAUGUUACUGUUUGGAUUUACAAUUAUUACCUUUGCCUUCAUGCUGACACCUUUCUUCGAUAAAGCUAGGACGGCGGGUAUUCUAGGCAGCUUCGCGGUGAACUUAAUGAGUGGCCUGUACUUCAUCCAAGUGUUUGUCUCCAACGCAGACUCCCUUGCCUUCUGGUUCGUCUCGCUAAUUAGUUCCAGCUGUUACGCCCUGGCCAUGGAUAAGGCUUUAGUGCUGGACAUGGCCGGCGUGGGUGUGACAUGGGAGAACUUAUGGAGUGGACCUGGUGUGCCGUUUGGCGGCAGUCUCAUCAUGAUGGCCGUAGACACCGUACUGUACGGCCUUGCUGCCUACUGGCUUGAUGCUGUCAUACCCAGUGAAUACGGUAUAAAACAGAAGCCCUGGUUCUGCCUGCUACCAUCGUUCUGGCUGGGCAGUCGACGCGGCAGAGUCUCAGCUGUCCACUUCCACUCCAACGGCGACACUGCUCACAACAAGGACAUCGAACCGGUACCUAAGGAGCUGCUUGACAAAGAAGCAAUCAGGAUUGUGGGGUUACAGAAGAGCUUCCGUCACUGUAGACGACCAGAAAUUAAGGCCAUCGAUGGUAUUGACCUGAGCAUCUACGAGGGACAGAUCACAGCUGUGCUGGGGCACAAUGGCGCUGGGAAAUCGACUUUGUUUAAUAUCCUCACGGGUCUGACUGCUCCAACUGCUGGGACUGCUUAUGUUUAUGGAUUGGAUGUGAGGGACCCAAAUGACAUGCACGAGAUACGGCAAAUGAUCGGCGUGUGUCCCCAACAGGAUGUUCUGUUUGAUCUGCUCUCGGUGAAGGAGCACUUGCAGUUCUUUGCAGCUGUUAAAGGCAUACCACGAAACAGGAUAUCUGAUGAAGUGCACAAAGCGGUGUCGGAGGUCGGGCUGCUGGACCAGAUGAUGGUGUUUUCAAAACACCUAUCUGGAGGGCAAAAGAGAAAACUUAGUAUAGCUAUAGCAUUUAUAGGAGAUCCUAAGAUAAUAAUACUAGACGAGCCAACGGCAGGAGUGGACCCGGUGUCUCGGAGACAAACCUGGCGCAUCCUGCAGCGCGCUCGACGUGGGAGGGUGUUACUUUUGACCACGCACUUUAUGGACGAAGCUGAUAUCCUGGGGGAUAGGAAGGCUGUGAUUAGUAAAGGAAGGGUUCGUUGUGCUGGGACUUCGUUAUUUUUGAAGAAUAAGUUCGGUAUAGGAUACCAUUUGACAUUAGUUUUAGAUGGUGCGUGCCGCGAGCACCAAAUAACGCGGCUGGUACGCGGUCACGUGCCGCGCGCCGAAAAGGCUCGCCGGCACGGCCGCGAGCUAUCGUACAUCCUGCCUCACUACGCUGUGCAUCUGUUCCCGCCGCUCUUCCAGGCUAUUGAGCAGGAGAUACGCGAGAAAAGCAAUCGGCUUGGUAUCACGAGUUAUGGAGUAUCGAUGACAACGUUGGAGGAGGUGUUCUUAAGUCUAGAAGGUGAAAACGAGGAAGAGACUGAGGCUGUAGAAGGAGUAUCAUCUGUGAAGCUGGUGCGAGCCAGAGCUCUAUCGAGGAGUCUAUCCCUUCAGAGCAAGACCUUAAGUUAUCAGGAAUUGAAUGAUAAGGAUCAGCAGAAAACUACGUCACUCCCCACACCACCAGCGUCACAUGCUCUGCAUUCCACCACGCACGGAGUAGAACAUGUUAAGGUAAAUAAGGUCACCCCAGAAGCCCCGGUGUCAGUGGACGCGUUGGGAGAAAUAGUGAAAACCAACCAGUCGUGCUGGCGGACGUUUUGCGCGCUCGUCUACAUCCGCACCGUGCGCAUGAUCCGCGACCCUUACAAGCUUUACGUUAUGAUCUUUAUGCCUAUCAUUUCCUGCGCCCUGGGUCUCUAUAUGAAAUCGAGGCAAAUAGUGUUUUUUCGGAUGCAGCCACUCAAAUUGGAUCCCAAUGCCUACUUCAAUAAGACCCCGAUUGCUUUGCACAGUGAACAGGCAAAUUUGAAAGAAAUAGAGGACUUUCAAGAUUCUCUGGAAACUUUGGGAGCGUACCCGAUAGACUUUUUUGAUGGGAACUUUUCUAGCCUUUUGGGUAUGGAGAACUUCGGCGCUUUCAGCUUGAAAGACAGCCUUGUUCCGUAUGGGAAAGUAAUGGCCUAUUAUAAUAGUACUUACACACAUAGUCUGCCUAUUAUAGUUAAUUUAUUGGACAAUAGCAUUUACAGGGUACUAAUGUCAGACUCAGGUCAGCUAGAUAGCUUUAGGCCUAUAGAGGUGUUGACGCAUCCUUUCCAACAAACAGAGCAACAGGAGGAAUUUAAUCUCGGCAAUGUUGUAUGUGCCAUCUUUAUGGGCAUGAUUUUUGCUUUGGUUCCUGUGACGCUUGCUGUGGAUAUUGUUUAUGAUAGAGAGAUAAAAGCCAAAAACCAGUUAAGAGUCAACGGGUUGUCGAUGAGCAUGUAUUUUCUUACUUACUUCACUAUUCUCAUCUUUAUUAUGAUUGUUACUAGCGUCGGAGUACUGUGUCUUGUACUGCUCAACGAUAUACCCAGUUUAACAAACGGCUCAGCGAUUACCAUGCUCUCUGGUCUUCUGAUCCUAUAUAGUCCAUCUGCCAUCUUGUUCAACACCUGCCUCUCUUAUAUCUUCGACAAAAUGGACUCAGCACAGAGCAUCAUGCCUAAUAUUACUACUUGGGUUGGAGUUAUACCGUUUAUUUUGGUAGCUGUUUUAGAUACAUUUAAAUGGGGUAGCAACAUUGCAUUUUAUCUUCAUUUAGUGUUUAGUUUCCUGGACGUCAUGUAUAUACCUUACGCCAUCAUUUAUUAUGUUGAUAGGGUAUACUUGACUUGCAACCUACGUGGGUUGUGCACAGUGCCGGAUCUGUCGAUCUACUUCACGGCAGAGAUUUGGGUACUGAUCGCGGCCAUGGUUAUACAUGUGCCCAUCUGUGGGGCCGUGCUGUUGGCUGCAGACCGGCUCAAAUCAGGCGGGAGGAUAUGCCCUCAUAAAAAGACCACCCCCGAGAAGCCAGACAUGGAAGGGGAGGUGGGAGGUGAGCUGGGAGAGGAUGAGGAUGUGAGACGAGAGCGACGGCGCGUAGCCUCUCUCCUCCAUUCGCCGCCAGAGAAUUCACAGCAGGCACCGGCGUUGCUUGUACAUAAUCUCCGCAAAGAGUACAAACUCCGCAGUUCGCGCAGUGGCAAUGCUUGCUGUGGAGGUGGCGAGCAGCUCAAACGAGCGGCUUUAGCGCGACUGUCACUGGCAGUUCACGGAGGAGAAGUCUUCGGUCUGCUGGGCCACAAUGGCGCUGGCAAGACCACCACCAUGAAGAUCAUCACUGCAGAGGAGCGGGUAACUUGCGGCACUGUAAUGUUGGGUGGACAGAACAUCGAUGACGCGCAGUCAGGCCCGUUCCAGAUGCUCGGCUACUGUCCGCAGCACGACGCGCUGUGGAAGAACGUCACCCUCCGCGAGCACAUCGAGUGCUACGCAGCCAUCCGUGGCAUCAGCAAGGCUGACACGCCGAGGAUAGUAGACGCGUACCUAAAUGGGCUACAAAUAAUGGAGCAUGCGAGUAAAAACGCAGAAGAAUGCUCCGGCGGGACGCGGCGCAAGCUGUCGUUUGCGCUUGCGAUGGUGGGCAGUCCGCGGGUAGUGCUGCUGGAUGAACCUUCCACCGGCAUGGACCCGAGGAGCAAGCGGUUCCUCUGGGACACUAUCCUGGCCAGCUUUCAGGGCAGAAAAGGUGCUAUUUUGACGACACAUUCCAUGGAAGAGGCUGAUGCAUUAUGUUCUAGGGUUGGAAUUAUGGUUAAGGGAGGUUUAAGGUGUAUUGGUUCAACGCAACAUUUGAAGAAUUUGUAUGGCGCAGGAUAUACGCUAGAAAUGAAAAUAGGCCAGAAUAAUCAGAAGCCUGUGUUAGAAACUGAUUUGUCAAUGACUCCGUCGCCGCUGCGGUCACCUGACAACUCUCCGUCAUUGGGAGAGGCCGACGAAGGUUCUGGAGGAGGUUCGGCCACUGUAGAGGCGGAGGGUGAGGGGGAGGGCGAGCCGGAGGGUGACGCGGUAGACGUCAGCAUACACACGCCGCUGGUCGGCAACACACCCUCUGUCCGCCUGCAUCACCAGCGAACGGAAUCGUCUGGCGGCGCGAGUGCGGAGGCAGCCAUCGCGCUGGUAGCGCAACUGUUCCCGGCCGCCACACUUGAGGAGAGCUUUGCAGAGCGGCUCGUGUUCUCUGUUCCUCAAUGCUCAGUAUCCAGUCUCGCGAGAUGUUUCCAGCAGAUCGAGGACGCAAAGGAGAAGCUGAACAUCGUGGAGUACAGCUUCAGCCAGACGACGCUCGAGCAGGUGUUCCUUAAGUUUGCGCAGACCGAUCACCAGGAGUCUUCGGACCAAGAACAUUAGGAUCCUUCAUAGAAUAAGACACCGUGAGACGUUGACUUUGCGAUUUUAAGAUGCUUUCCUGAGUAUGAUUGAAUUUUAGAAAAACAAUUUCGUAUAGACCAUUGUAGAUAGCGGUGAAAGCCUAAUUAAUGGCUUACAUUUCGCCUCUUAUUCGGGUGGUUAGCGUUCAAUCUUGGGCACGCACAUUUAACUUUUCAGAGUUAUGUGCGGUUAAAACAAUCAAUUUUUUUAAAUCAAAGUUUUUUUUUACAAUUUUUUUUACAUAAUAUAAUCGUUGACUCCAGCUGAACUACAUUUAUGCUUUAGUGGUGAAAGAAAACAUCGUUAAAAAACCUGUAUGCCUGAGAGUUCUCAACCAUGUUUUCAAU